CGAGACCGCAUCCGGCACCGAGCCGGCGAGGCUUCUGCACGGCACUGCUGGAACCCAAAAAUGCUGCCAAAACGCCCUUAAUUCCUGCUCUUUCCACGGCCCCAGCUGCCCAGGUCCUGCGGGAAAGGGAAGCUCAUUUUUCAGAUUGUUAUCUGCUGCAGCAGCACCUCCUGCCCCACCAUAGGAAAUGAGCCAUUUAAGAAUCACAGCCAUUUGAGAAGGAUAUUUGAGGACAGAUCAAUUCAAUAAGGGAGGGGAAAAAUUCCGGCAAGAAAUGGACUUUUAGCUUGGCAGUUGCCAAACUGUUUGGGGCUGGCUGCCUCUCUCUGUGUGUCCCCCCCCAGCCGAGACCUCCCGUGCUUCGCUGGGCGUCACACCGGCCACCGAGACGCCUGGCAGGGAGGAUGAGCACUUGCGAGUGGUGGAUGCUUGUUGUCAUCUCGGCUGUCACCUUGAUCCUGUACGCUCUCCUCUUGCUGACACUAUACAUCAUGCUCAGCAGGAAAAUAGCCAGCCAUUCCUGCGGCGAGCGGGCCGGCAGCAGCCCCCCGGCACAGCCCCAGCAGCUGCCCACCUCCCCGGCGGCAGGGGAAGGGGCGCAGAGACCGACCUACGCGGGGAGCAGUGACACGUCUUCGGAGACCUCGGAGGACUCGGACAGCAGCCCGUCCAACCCGCAGGGCCCUUGCUCACAAGAAAACCUCAAUUACACGUCGCUGGUCUUCCCGGGGAAAGGCCGCGGGCCAGCCUCCGCUGGAGACUACGAGAACAUGAAGACCGGGGUGGACUACGUCAAUGUGGACCCGAAGAAGAGGAAAGCGGAUUUCUGGCCCUGCUCCAGCCCCGUGGCAUCCAAGUCCAUCGAGUACACCGAGGUGAAGCUGUGACUCCUGGGAUGCUGCUGGCGGGGUUUGGGCUCAGACCACCACCGGUACAGGGAGAUGCCCGGAGCCCCCGGCAGCUGUGGGACAGGGGCUUCCCCUUCCCCUCGCCUCGGUCGGCGCCUGGCACUGCCUGACGCCCACUGGCUUUUAUUCCUUGUAACACUCGAGCCCGCCAAUACAAUUUCCUUGGUAUUUUACUUAAAUGCAUCACUGUUCCCCGAAGGCUGCUGCGCGUGGGAUGGCGCAGGGAAGCAUUCCUCCUGCCCAGGCUGAAACGUGCCCUCUGGUUCUGUGUGGUGGCCCUUUUCCUCAUUUCAUGAAAGCAAGUGAAACAUCUCGCCCUGCCCUUCAAAAUGGGAUGUAGCUCAAGGAGGGAAAUGCAGUGGUCUUCCAAAUAUCCGCCCAAAGUGGCUGGCAUCUCCUCUGAAUGAUGCUUUCUUUGCUGAUCGCUGUCAUAAAAUACUUUUAAAUACAGUUUCUCCACCAGCUUUGCCCUCACUGCCUGACAAGCCCUGGUUCAUUGCCCUCCCCUGCACCCCUUUUCCUUUGAUGCUCAAAAUCUUUCCAUGUCCCCGUCGCCCUCAGAGCUGUCGCUGGGGCUGGGGUGGCCACGUGGGCGGCUUGAUGUGGCAUCGGGGGGAUGCCAGGGCUGGGGAAGGAGGGGGGCCCUGACAGGGAGCUUCCUCCCCAGCUGAAAGCCGUAGGCAUCAGCCCAGCUGGCAAAGGGCCGGGGGCUUCCCAGGGGAUUUAUAUCCCCCCUCCUCAGCUGGAGGACCUGGGCUGGCUGCUGGUGCCUCUGGGCUGUGGGGGGCACGGGACUGGACCACAGGUCUCCACGUGAGUGUAGGCAAGUCAAAUCCCUCUGUGUCUCGCGGGGAGGGAUGGUAUUCCGUCUCCCACCUUUUGCUUUUCCUGCUU